AUGCCCUCGAGCUUAAGUUAUCUCAUUUCCUUCCUCCUUUCUUCCUCCCUGCUCCCGUCUCUCAUCCACGCCCAGUCAAGCACCCAGUUCGGCCAAUGUGUCGACAACUGCAUCGGCACCUACCCCAUCAUCAACCACUGCAAUGGCACCGAGACCGGCUCCGCGCUCGAUCAAUGCAAAUGCGAGAGUUACGCCCCCUCGAACGACCCGCUGAUCAACUGUGUCCUCACUUGCCCCUCGGACCAGCAACUCGCAUUCGCUGACAGUCUCCCGAAACUCUGCGCACAGACUCUGUUUCUGGGUCUCGAUUUGUCGGACCAACCUAAGCCCUCGGCAGAAAAUACAGCGGCUAGCGCCACGGUCGGCGCAGCAAAAGCCACAGGCACUACCAGUGGGAAUGGUGCAGCCAGCUUUGGAGCAGGCGCGAACAUGCUGGCAUAUCUUGCCUGGACAUUGGCCGUCGCGGUCUUGUUAUGA